CAUGUUCAUGCUGGACCUCUACAAUGCUAUGUCAGUGGAGGAGGGGGCUGUGGGGGCCGCCGCUGAGGAGGGCGAGGGCUUCUCCUACCCCUACAAGCCCGUCUUCAGCACCCAGGGGCCGCCCUUGGCCAGCCUGCAGGACAGCAACUUCCUCAGUGAGGCUGACAUGGUCAUGAGCUUCGUCAAUUUGGUGGAGCAUGACAGAGAGUUUCACCAUCAGCGCUGCCACUACCGGGAGUUCAGGUUUGAUCUCUCCAGAAUCCCAGAGGGGGAAGCAGUGACAGCUGCCGAGUUCAGGAUAUACAAGGAUUACAUCCGUGAACGCUUCGAUAAUGAAACAUUCCAGAUUAGUGUCUACCAGGUACUUCAGGAGCACCAGGGAAGGGAUUCAGAUUUGUUCCUGCUUGAUUCUCGGACAAUCUGGGCUGCAGAAGAAGGGUGGCUGGUGUUUGACAUUACUGCAACCAGUAAUCACUGGGUGGUGAAUCCCCAGCACAACCUUGGCCUGCAGCUGUCCGUGGAAGGCAUCGAUGGGCAAAGCAUCAAUCCCAAACUGGCAGGUCUUAUUGGAAGGCAUGGCCCGCAGAACAAGCAGCCAUUCACGGUAGCCUUCUUCAAAGCCACCGAGGUCCAUCUCCGCAGUAUUCGCUCCACGGGAGGAAAGCAAAGAAGCCAGAAUCGAUCAAAACCACCAAAGAACCAGGAAGCUUUCCGGGUGUCAAACAUUGCAGAGAACAGCAGCAGCGACCAGCGACAAGCCUGCAAGAAACAUGAGCUCUACGUCAGCUUCAGGGACCUAGGGUGGCAGGACUGGAUCAUCGCUCCAGAGGGCUAUGCUGCAUAUUACUGUGAAGGAGAAUGUGCUUUCCCACUGAAUUCGUACAUGAAUGCUACAAAUCAUGCCAUUGUACAGACACUGGUUCACUUUAUAAACCCAGAGACUGUGCCGAAACCCUGCUGUGCUCCUACACAACUCAAUGCCAUCUCCGUGCUCUAUUUUGAUGACAGCUCCAAUGUUAUCUUAAAAAAAUACAGGAACAUGGUGGUACGAGCCUGUGGCUGUCAUUAGAUUUGUAGUAAAGAAAAAGAAAAACAGGGGGGGGGAAAAAGUUAUUUGUAAAGAGUGGUUUUGUAUGGCUGUGUGGGGGAGGGGAAAAGGUUAGCACUCCAGCAAUGGGUUUAUAAAAAUCCCAAACAGUUUUUAGGACCAGGCUUCUGAAAAUUCAGACAAUGGAACAGUUUCUGGAUCUUAAGUGGCAUUUGAACACAUUUUGUUUUAGUUUAUUACAGACAAUGAGCUUGUAAACUGAAACAAGCCAGAGAAACCAUUUAAAACCAAAUCUGCCUACAAAAUUGGCUCCUGCAAGACAUACUUCUGCAAAUGAGUCUUUCUGAAGAUUGCAAACUCACCAGUGUUGAUUGCAAGUUAAAACACAAUAAUCUAUCCAAGGUGAGAAUGUGCUGUGACUAAUAAACAUGUGUAGUUCCUGUAACACAGUUUGCAAUAAAAUAAGUGAACAAAA